AUGAACUCGUGGUCCUCUUCCCGCGCCGUUGACUUGAGACACUUCCUGAAGAGAUUCAUGAUAGAUGUGCAGGUGCCUCAGGGCCAGGCGAUUGUUCGUGUUGGUCCACGGAUCGUGCUCGGCGUCAGCGUGAUGGGUCCUCCGCCUACGGGCGGCGGUGCCGGUGUCGUGACUCCGGGGGGUGGUUUCGUGGUGGUUGUCGUGCUCGUCGUGCUCGUCGUCGUCGUGCGUGGCUUCGAGGUGGUCGUCGCCUGCGUCUUCGAAGUAGACGUUGUUGUCGAUGACGUCCUAAGCGUCGUCUUAGACGAUGUGGCGGGCUUUGUCGUCGCGGGCUUGGUUGUGGUAAGGAUGGCGGUCGAGGUUGUCCGCGUCGGCGUCGAGACCUUGAACGUUGAGCUGGUCUUGGACGUCGUCGUCACUGUGACAGCGGUCGACUCGGUCGGACGGCUGGUUCCCCCUUUCCCGGGGUAG